UGUUGAUAUCAAUAUGGCGGUUGUCAACCAGACAAAGACAGUCAGUCUGAUGUGAUUGAGACAAGGGAGGCUUACAGGGGGAGACUGGGAGAUAGGGGCCUCCCCUCCCCCUUCUCCUCUUCCUGUGCCGGCCUCAACCCCUCCCCAGUUCCUCCCGUCGGGCGCCCCACGCGGAAGAUACCCCUCCCCCUCCCGCUUUCCCCUCCUCCCUAUCUCAGCCCUUCGUACUGGGACGUUGGGGAGGGGGCUGUACCGGGCGGAGAGAACUCAGCAAGGAUUCUGAGAAUGAUAAAUAACGUUGAUCAUCUCUUGAAAGGCUUUUGAUUCGCCUCAUGUAAAGUAUGCUCAGUUCCUUUCCAGUAGUUUUGCUGGAAACCAUGUCUCACUAUACAGAUGAACCCAGAUUUACCAUAGAGCAGAUAGAUCUGCUUCAGCGUCUUCGAUGUACUGGAAUGACUAAGCAUGAAAUUCUCCAUGCUUUGGAAACUUUAGAACGUCUCGACCAAGAGCAUAGUGACAAGUUUGGAAGAAGGUCCAGUUAUGGAGGAAGUUCAUAUGGAAAUAGUACCAACAAUGUUCCAGCAUCUUCCUCUACAGCUACAGCUUCCACACAGACCCAGCAUUCGGGAAUGUCUCCUUCACCCAGCAAUAGUUACGAUACCUCCCCACAGCCUUGCACUACCAAUCAGAAUGGGAGGGAAAAUAAUGAGCGAUUGUCCACCUCCAAUGGAAAGAUGUCACCAACUCGUUAUCAUGCAAACAGCAUGGGUCAGAGGUCAUACAGUUUUGAGGCCUCUGAAGAAGACCUUGACGUAGAUGAUAAAGUAGAAGAAUUAAUGAGGAGGGACAGCAGUGUGAUAAAAGAGGAAAUCAAAGCCUUUCUUGCCAAUCGGAGGAUUUCCCAAGCAGUUGUUGCACAGGUAACAGGUAUCAGUCAGAGCCGGAUCUCUCACUGGCUAUUGCAGCAGGGAUCAGAUCUGAGUGAACAGAAGAAGAGGGCAUUUUAUCGAUGGUAUCAACUUGAGAAGACAAAUCCUGGAGCUACACUAAGUAUGAGGCCUGCUCCCAUUCCAAUAGAGGACCCAGAAUGGAGACAAACACCUCCACCAGUCUCUGCCACAUCUGGCACCUUCCGGCUUAGGCGGGGUAGUCGGUUUACCUGGAGAAAGGAAUGCUUGGCUGUCAUGGAAAGUUACUUCAAUGAGAAUCAAUACCCAGAUGAAGCAAAAAGAGAAGAAAUUGCAAAUGCUUGCAAUGCAGUUAUACAGAAGCCAGGCAAAAAGCUGUCUGAUCUGGAACGAGUUACCUCCCUGAAAGUAUAUAACUGGUUUGCCAACAGGCGGAAGGAGAUCAAGAGGAGAGCCAAUAUCGAAGCAGCAAUCCUGGAGAGUCAUGGGAUAGAUGUACAGAGUCCAGGAGGUCAUUCCAACAGUGAUGACGUCGACGGAAAUGACUACUCAGAGCAGGAUGACAGCACUAGCCAUAGUGACCACCAAGACCCCAUCUCAUUAGCUGUGGAAAUGGCGGCAGUCAACCACACGAUCUUGGCCUUGGCCCGACAAGGGGCCAGCGAAAUCAAGACAGAGGCCCUGGAUGACGACUGAUCAGGGAGGGAUAAACACAAGACGUUAACUUAGUUUUAGAUGUAGCACCUUAGCAGACUUUCCUCGGUCCUUAACAUGUGUUCUUACAGUAUAACUUUGCAGUUUCUUGUAUGUCAGUUAGCCGUUAGAGUCUUGUUCUGUGAAGAUGGCAUGGUGCCCUCAGCCUUUGCAUAUACUCUCUCAGUAUUAAUUCCCAGUAAAUAAUAACCAACCAAACAAACAAACUUCUCGCUCCCAGCCCCUGAGGCUAGAAAAUCUUGCUGCUCUGUCUUAGCAUUCCAAGAAAGUGCUUCCAGGUAUUUAGAUAGCCCUCAGUUCUCCAAUAUUAGGCUACGUGUGAAAUCUUGGGUACCUUUAGAGUCAUGUAACACUAAUCUAUAACCCCUCCUCCUUCCCCAAGACUGACUGGUAGGAUGCAAGCUGAGGUUGUGUGGCACAGGAUUGACAGACACCAUUUGGGGAGUAUUCACAGAGUAAAAGGAACACUAGCAUCCCCACCUCAGCAUGAGGAGAAUUGAUUUCCAGCUGCAAUAAGCCGUGCCUCAUUAUAGUCAUACUGUGGCUAGAUUAUACUUCUUUGGGUGCUGUGCUAAGAAUGUCAAUGGGAAAACUUGAUCUCAGAUUUUGGUUGAUGUUAACAUGCCUGACACAGACAUCCUUUCCGCUCACAAGCUGUGUGACUUAGUUGAUAAAAUACUGCCUUCUGCCUUUGGGACCAUGAUUUAAAGAAAAAAAAAAGAAAGGAAAUGUCAU